AGACGGCGUGCCUGCACGUCGUCGAGACCGCCUGUGGGAGAGCUCGGAGCGGAAUUUGUACACCUGUUUGCACAGUUUCUUGCGCAUCCGGAGUCGCAAAGAGCCGCCACAAGACUUGACUCCAGCUGAAUACUCGAAGUAUGUCGGCAUGGCGACAGAGUGCAUGCGCUUGUUAAGGCAUCACCGGGAUCGGUGCGUCCAUGCGCAAGAGCAAAUUGAGGAUAUCGCGAACCUCUCAGCGAUUCUGGAAGAGCAAAACGCCGAGCAGCCACUGCGUGUCGUUUCUGUUGCGCGCUUGCGUCAUUUUGUGGAG